AUAGAAACUAAACUUAACUUAGAUAAGAACCAUUAAGAAUAUUCAUCCGCUAGGUGUCAACCGCUGACCUAGUUCCCUCGCCUAGUAAAAAUAGCGGUCGACAAUAGCUCAAACACUAUUUAUAGUGCGUAUCUAAAAAAAUCUUAAAUCACACACUGUUAUCUCGCUUGUUUUUUUUUUAAACAUCACUCGAAUACCGUCCGUGUGUCAGUCACGUCGUGGCCCGUAACGCGCAACUCCCAAAACCUACCUAUACAACAUAAGUGCCACCGUAAUCGAUAAAACCUCGCGUUACAGACAAUCAGUUGUUUUUUCGUGAAUACCAGUGCCCUUUUAGUUGCCGCUAGAGAUUUUAGUUUAGUAAACAAGGGAACAUGUUAUAUUAGUGUUUUAAAGUGUUAGAUACAAUGGAAAGUGUUAAGAGGUACAUAAGGAGUGAGUCUGCGAGUUGCGCUCAUAUGGUUGAAGAAAGCACUGCGAAUAACAGGAAGACGGCAGACCCGCACGAGAAGCUGAAGGCGCUGCUGAACUCCCCCGAGGAUGACACGGACGACACCCUGCCUCCGUCAGACGCCCCCAAGUUCGGGACAGUCAUACACAAUAGAAUCUUCGUGGGAGGCUUCUCUCUGACCACGACUGACGAGGACCUGUGGAAGUUCUUCUCAGGUUUCGCGACGGUCACAGCCGCCAGGGUGAUCUACGACCGAGCUGGUGUCUCCAAGUGUUAUGGUUUCGUCACAUUCGCCAGCCCCAGAGUCGCGAGGCUGAUCGUCAAACAGAGUGGUGGAGUGAUGUUCUCGCCGCUGGGACGACUUCGGGUGGCGCAGGCUGUCAGGAAACAGAUGAGCCAGCUCCCGGUGCUGGGUACAGAAGCAGCUCCCCUGCAGGCUCCGCUCUGCUACCAGCUGCUGUGCGCCCCUCCCCUGGCACCCCUCCAGCCCUGCGCCCCCUGCGAGCUGCCCCCGCCCCCAUACGCCGUCUAUCCCCUGCCAUUUGACACCACACCAGCGAUCUACGGCCCCCCAGCUCAGUACGCCCUGGUACCAGCUCCGUACAGCACCCCGUGCUGCGAGCCCUCAUGCUGUGCCCCCCUGGACAAGCAGCCCAGGGUACCACCGCCGCCGCUGCACCCCGCGUUCAUCUACUAAACUCACUCACUCACGAAAUAUCUCGAAGACAUUCAAAUUCAAGGUAACCAUUUCAUACUAGAUAGAUGUCGAGUAAGUGACAAAAAUGUAUUGUGAAGCUAAUAUAGCAAGAAUCGAACAGAAAAUAGUUGAAAUUAGUAAAACAGAUAGAGUUAAUAUGUGUACCAAUGAUGUAACUAGUCAGGUGUAAGUCAAUACAAUAAUGGCAAUAAUUGCGGACAACGAAUGUAAUGCACUAACGUAAGUACUGAGUUUUGUUUGUAGCACUGAUCGUGUACAUAGAUGUAAUGGGAUGACGCGCUGAUAACGACGGAGUACCGAGCGAUCUAAAGAUAAAGCGAGAUAUCAACUCGAAGCAAGAUAAGACGAGAGUGAUGCAGCUCCUUACAAAUACAUUUCACCACGUCUGUUUGUUCUAUCUCGUUCCUCUCAUAAAUAAUUCAUAUUUCAAUGUCUUCGAUAUAUUUCCACACGACACCAUUCGCGAAGAAGAUUACUUUACUAAUUAUAUUCAGCUUCUUCGUAUGUAUUCCAUCUUGAUUGCUCAAGUCUUCCAAUCCAGUUCAUAGUCAUCUGUCUUCAAUACAUUACUUCCCUAUAAUGAAACUAUUUGUGAGAGAUUGUCUGUGACUAUUCAAUGGACAUCAAAGCUGAGAGAAGGCGAUGUAUGUGUUCAAGUUAGCUCUCGGGUUUGUUUAGAUUUUUCUGAAUGUCUGUCUUGUCGCUUUUAUUUAUAGAUUUAAGAUAUUUAGCUUGAAACUGGUAUAUUUAAGAGACCGUGGAUUCGUGUGCUAUGGUUAUUAUUAUAGUGAAUUAUAUCGAUGUAUCAAAUUGAUGUUUGAAUAAAAGUCGUGCGAUGUUCCGUGGAAUUACUUUAACCACAAAUAUUUAAUGUCAUCUGCAUGUAUAAAUCCAAUUAUCAUAAUGUGUAUAUUCAUAUAUCUAUUUACACAGUCUUGUAUUUGAAUGCGAAAAGUAAUUCAACACUUUUAUCAAAGUUAUCGCUCUAUAGUAAUAUUGUAACGCGCCCAAGGGAAAUCAAUUUGAUACAUCUUUAGUUGUUCUCAUGAUAAGUGUGAAAAUACCGAAUAUAAAAUAACUCUAGUGCGGAUAUUUCUACAAAAUAUUUAACUGAAUCAUAUUUACAGAAUGUAUGUUAGAGCAGUCCACAGCCUCGGUCUAAGUCAUUGUAAUAAUGUUCACGUAAUGUAUGCUAAUGAAAUUAUUCAAAUAUGUACCGUACCUAGUUUCCAUAUAUCCGCACUCGAGUCAAGUAUUUACAAACACAGUUCAAAAAUGUGCGUUAUAAGCACAACGAAUUAAGCACAAAAUCGAAUAGCAGCUAGUUUUAGAUGACGUUACCUCUGAUAAAAGACAGAUUUGUUAUUGCUUGUUAUCCUUGAAAAGGAUUUUUGUUUAUCCUUAGUGUAAGAUUGUUUUGUGAAACCCCACUGUUGGUUGGCGGACGUCUUGGGGCUGGUGGGAGACACGAUUUUGAUAGAAGACAAUUUGUAGAAUAAUCAUAACUUGUAAUUGAGUAAGAAGAUAUUGGUAAGAGAGAUAUAUCGCUUGUACGAGCUGUAGAUGUGGAGGUAGGUAGACAAUUAGAGAUCUUUGGCGGUUGGCUGCUUGCCUACUUAACGAGGGACCUAGUUUGAAGAUAAUAAUAGUACUUUUAGAGCCAGAUUUUAGAACCAACCUCAAGACGUCAGACAACGCGUGACUAGAACAGAGAGAAACAAAAAUAUUUUUUAAUAUUAUUUAGUUUUUACAUGUUGCUGUUGAAAUACACUGGGGUCCAAUAUGUGAUAAGGAAAUGUGAAAUUCAAAGUUGAAUGAACAUUUUGGAAAUCACAUUUCUAUACCCGUUAUUGUUGCGUUGGAAAUAAGAAUCGAAUCAGUUUUUAUGAUGCACACAUUAACUUGCUAAGACGUGACGUGUUUCAGUAAGAUCAACUUAAAGUUACCGGAGAAUGUUGUCAAAGUAUUUAUGAGGAACGAAAUGAAGUAUAGAUGUUACUGAGACACGUCAAUGAUGCAAUCACGAAUAGUAUUUGUUUUGUAAUUGUUAACAUUGAUUGAACAGCCGCUGUUCGCUUCGAAGUGAUCAACAAUAGACUUGACAAACGGAUCCAUAAAGCAAUAAUGUCGUCAAGAUGUGAUAUGGGAUAAUUUGUUGACUAGCAAUAGUUUUAUUUAGAUACAUUAGAGAGUAGAUUGUUUUAAAAUCCUUCAUUUUACGGCCCGUUGCAUCGUAUUUAACAUAAAUAUUGAAGAAUUUAAAUAAUUAUUGUAUAAGGUCUCUAGCACAUGUGAUAACUUCCAUGUCCUCGUUCUUCGUCCUAUGGCGUAUAUGUGGCUUGUCUAAGCUAGAAUUUCCCCUGAUGCAAUUGGGUUCUCACUUAGUACCAGAUUAUUUAUAGGACCAAACAAAGAUUCCCUUACAUCACGACUAACGCAGAGAUCUUCGCAUCUAUUCUGUCUAGACUAGUAUACCUAUCACAAAUCUCUAUACGUAAAAUUGUUGUAUUAAUAUUAAUCAUUUUGAUAUUAUAUUCUAUCACUUUUUAUGGCUGCUAGUUGUGUGAUGCUACGGUGAAUGAAUUUGCGUUUAUAUCAAGGUCUUCCUUGUUGUUUUUUAUAUCACUGGUUAAGACAACUUCACUGUUAUUGUUAUUUUUUAUUUUCAUGUUUACUGUCCCAUUGUUUGUAGGUAAUGGUUCUUUAAGAUCAAAUUCUAGUACUGUCGUGUUACUAUCUCAUAGGUUUGAGGUAAUGUCUACAUGAUUCUUCCACUAGUCAGAUCGAUAUAUUGUCAGCAGAGUAAGGAACUGUUAGAUAACUAAAGGUUCCAUUCGUUUCUUCGUCCAAAUGUUAAGUUAUUUCUACUCUAUCAGCAAGUUCAUUCACCCAAGCACGUUCGAUGUGGUCUUCUGCCUUUAGAUGUAAGGCUUUCGUCUCAAUUACUAUUGUACAUCAUAAUUAUACGAUUAGUGUUAUUGAAAAUGCUGUCAAUUUAUCGUCUUGGAUUUUUAUAAUGUAUGUAUUUAUUGUUAGUUGUAAGUAUAGUACUUAUGCGAUGCUUCGCUCGAGUAUCAUUUAUGUCUGUAUCUUCGUGUGCUUAUAACUUAAGUUCCUUGGAUUUGUGUUACCUCAGACUAAAGUUUAUAUCUAAAAUAUUAUUGUUAUAUCAUAUUCUAUCUAUGUUGGUUCAUGCGGUGGAAGUUUUAUUGUGAAUUUGGGAAAAAUGGGCCAUGUUUGUGAAAUGUCGUUGUUGUCCGAAACGUCUAAAGAUACUAACUUUAAUUCAAAGUCACUGGAAGUAUGGUUCAAUCUACCGAAGAUCUUAAUCAUGAUCAAGUUUAAGAGCAGCUAAUGAGUUCGCAAAAAAUCUUGUGACGAAAUAUGAAAAUGUCUAAGAGAUGGCUGUUGCUCGGGUUGCUUCACUGUUUGUCAGCAAUGACCAUUUUCUCCAACAUCAAAUCAUCGCGUGAACCAGAUUAGCACUCAUCGUAUACAUUUCGAUGUUGCACUAUCGAUGUUUCGAGUACAAGGAAUCUAUAUCCAAGCUAAACUUAAGUCUAAUAACUAUCACUUUCAUUGCUUCUAAGGUUUCUCACGUAAAUACAUAUUAUGCAUUCAAAAACGCAUUUAAUGAAGUUGAAACACCCAUAAAAAAUUGUGAAAAAUGUCUUAAACUGUGAGUUUUUGUUCCAAAUUAUGAAUGCCAGUACUAUGAAGUGAUUAAAUAGCAAUUUUUGAUGACAAAAACGAGUUUAUGUCUUUUGUAGAUAAGUAUUUACGUGAGAAACAUACUACGAACAUAAUAAGUGGCCUAGAGACAUACUGCCUAACAUAUCGGAUAACGAAUCACUACGCUAUAGUUAGUUAUUUUUUUUAUAACUGUAUAUAAUCUCUCGCUAGGUGGUCAUAGUUGUGUGGACGAAUAUAAUGUUAGACAAUAUUAAUGUAAUUAUAGGUUAGGAAGAUUAACGUGUAUUUAUUGAAAUUGUCACUUAUCUUAGGAUUGGCUUAGUAUUGUGAAUUGUUUUGCAUAGGACUGACUUUAGUAUGGAAAGCGGUGAUGGUAAUGAGUAAUUUAGAGGAGAUAAGGAUGUGUUAAGAAAGGAUCAACAUCUAAUUAGUGAUCAAGUAGAAAAAAUGUCUGUUUGAAGAUUUCUAUGUAAAGCGGAGGUUCGAUUCACCCUUGGAAUAAAUAUGGGAAUGCAAAAAAUAACUAACAAUGAAAUUAAAAGAAAGGGCCACACACAUUCUCGUGAGAUUUUAAAGUUCUGUAAUGUAAAGUGAACUUUAUGUGAGAAAAUAUUAGAGUCAGUUCUAUAAAAAACACUAUCUGUCGCCAUGUGAACUGUAGUUAUAAUUAAUUUUAGUGUGAAAGCUAUCAAUAGCAGUAGUGACACUCACUGUAUCACUGUCGGUCACUUUCUCAUCAUCCUGAUUGGUAACUGGUUCGAUAUUUAUAUUCUUUUAUAAUUAUAUAUGUACCCUUAGUACGAGUUUGCUUUACGUUUAACGAAAUCGAUUCGAUAGCGCGUUCGACGCUCUGAUUGGUCGGUUGGAAUGAAUCCACUAAUCAGAGCCCCAAACGCGCUCUCGUUUCGGUCUCGUAAAACGAAAAACAAACUCGUACUAAGUCUUCUGAAGCUUUUACUAUAACACUUUCUUGAUCAACAACUUCUUCCUCUAUAUUUACAUUCAAUCCUAAUUUAUCUUUAUUGAUAUCUAUUGCAGAUGAAGUAUUUAUAACGAGUGCUUAUGCUACAGCACCUAAAUUGAAAAUAUCUAAUUCAACAUCUAUUUCGUCUGCCUCUACUGUUGUUCCUUCAACAUUUUGUGUUGUUAUUUCUCCUAUACUAACAUGUUGAGUUAUUUUUUCUUCUUUAUCAAGAUCAAACCUUGGCCCUUCCACACCGUGUCCACUUCAUUGACUCAUGACAUACAGGGACAAAGACAAUACACUUUGUUUUUCGUCGUAGUUACCUUUUUUUGUAGAAGAUUUUUCAUCACGAUGAUGUGUAUCGUUACGUCCACUUAUCAUUUGCUUUAGCGAGCAGACAGGAUUAGUAGUUAUGCUAAAAUAAGUCUUAAGUUUAGCUCGAUUACGUACAUUUUGCUUGAGAAUUGUUUCGCCUUUUGUACCUUUUGUGACUUUUAGAACAUUUUCCACUGUGAUUGGCAUUUUUUUUCUGAUAAACUUAAUCUUAUAAAAUAAUUUUCUUCUGUGUCGUGGGUGCGAUUACAAACACAUUUAUUUGCAUUUUACUGCUUUAAUGUAUUUAAUUUAUGAAACAUAAAUUCUUAUCAAAAUCUGCGUAAUCGAGCAAAACGUAAUCUUCUAUAGAAAACUCUCGAUGUUGACAAAAUACUGAAAUAUCCAAAAAAAUAAAUAAAUAUAAUAAAAUUAAAGUGUUAUUAUAAUAAUUAUAACGAUAAAAAAGAAAUAAUGUUAAAGUUUUCUCAGAUCCAGUGUCCGCUGCAAAAUGCUUAAUUAAUAACUUUAAGUAAUAACUUCUAGAGAUUGUUUAAGGAUUGUCCAAAACAAUACAUCUAUGAACUUUUGUUGUUUUUGUCCAAUUUUCGAAUUGUAUAUGAUGUUUGUUUUGUAUAGUGGCGUUAUGAUAGGAAGGAAAUAUUUACAAAACAUAAUAUUUACAAAGAGUUUUAUUAUAAAUUGUUGUCUUCAGGAAAAUGGAGUAUAUUUUAUUUGUUGCUUCAUCAAAAGAUUAUUUAUGAAAGAGAGGUAUAAAAAACAACACCCUGUGUUUAAAUAUAUUAAUCAUAAAUAUAUUUAUUAUUAAAUAAAUUAAAUACUGACUGAAGAAUUGUUGUUCUUAGUAAAAAAAUGCAUAUUAUUAAAAUGAAAUAAAUAAUAAUAAUGAUGUUGAAUAUAAUAAAAAAAAUAUUUCAGGACUGAAAUUUUUGAAAAAAAAAACGGCAAUCGUGGCGUCACUGUUCAAACGAACACAUUUUUGAUAAAAACCUUUACAAAUUUGUAGUCCAACGUUUUUUGUUACGAUAGUUUUACCCUUUUUAGAGAUACGUAUAAAGCGAAAUAAAUGAAUAUUAUUUGUUGAAUAUAGAUACUAUUUCAUAGCAAUAUUUUUAUUGUUAACUACUUUUAAGCAACUCUCUUAAAGCUAUGCGUCAUAGUAAACAGCUUUUUAUAUAUCGACCAGUGUUUAGUGUGUAUGGCACAUUAUUAUAUUAUAUAUAUAAUAAUAAUAAUAGAGUCUAGAAUUAUUAAAGUCACUUUAUCAAGCUAUCUUUAUAUACUGUAUGUAGCAGAAAUAUAUAUAACUCUAUCUAUCCUAUCUAUAUACUAUACAUGUUAGAAUGUGACUCUGUAUAUUUCCUAAUAACUAUUAAGCGUGGACAAAUUUUAAUGUCGUUAUUAAUUUCUAUGUUUAAUAAUAAUAAUAGAGUAUCUUCAAAUAAUAAUUAUUAUAAUAAGUUACGCGCGCUAUCGUGAUCAUUAUUCAAUCAUUACGCACAUAAGUAUAAUAUUAUACGAAUUAAUUAUAAGUAAUGAUAAUAAUUACAGCAUUGUAUCAUCGAAUGUAAUUGUUGAUUGUUAUAUUACUAUAAUUAUUAUAAUAAAACAAUUAUUGUCUAGUUAUUAUGUAUGUGAUAUUGUUAUUGGAAUAAUAGAUAUUUUAAUGCUAAUAAAGUAAUUUCUAUUACCCUUCUUGUUGACUUGUGUGUGUAAUAAAUAAUAAAUAAAUAGUUAUUAUAAAAUAAGACAUUAGUUUGUAAGUGAGAAUUUUAAUGGUAAUUUCGAACCUGGUCAAGUAUUCGUGGUAAAAUUAAAUAUCAACAUUAAUUACUGCUUGAUGUGUUCUCGUAGGGGUAAACCAAUAUCUACAUUAUUCAAAAUACAUCCUUUUGUCAUUCACAGCAAAAUAGACCACACUAAAAAUCUGAUAACACCAUCGAUUUUAAAUAUUUAUUUAAUAACUUAUUCGAAAAAUAAUAUCUCGAUGUUUUAAAUCCGUGUAGAAUUUACCAAUAUUACAAAUCAUCUCUGGAAAUAAUAAUUGCUUUAUUAUAAUCGAUAUAAUAACAAUAAUUAUUAAUACCAGAGAAUAUCAUUUCAAAAAUGCUUACAAAAUGUAAAACUUAGUAUGAUCUCACAAAGAAAUAAUAAAAAAUAUUAUAGACGAACUAUUUUCCAAAAAAACUAUCUUUCCUGUGAAAAAUGUAAUAGUUUUUUUUUCAAAAACUUAAUCUAGAAAUUCUCAUAUCACUUGCAAUCUGCGAAUCACUGUGAGGAGGUUAGCUAUGAGCACCAUAUUAUAAAUUAUACAAGUUAUCUUAUAUUUAUUUAUGAAAUAAUAUAUAAAAUUAAAAUAAUUAUAUAAAAUAUCACAUAUUAUUAUAGUAAAUUAUUUCUUAUUGUUAUAUAUAAUUCUAAAUGUUAUAUAUAUUUGUGUUAUAUAAUAUAUGUAUAUGAAAAUAAUAAAGAAAUCAGGAGUUAUAUUUAUAAAUAAGUGCUCAUGGCUGCUCCUGUAUAGCUAAGUACAAUAAUUAAUAUAAUAAUGAAGCAAUAACGAAUAAAUUAAUUUAAGUCACGUGUAAUAAAUUUAAUUAAUGUACAA